GCAGUUUCUAAUUUACAUUUGAUCGCUCCAAGUGAUUUAGAUCCAGUAGACAAUAUGUUUGGAAAGAAUAAAAAGGGUUCAAUGGUAAUCGCUAAUAAAGUUGCUUGCGAAGGCGAUGAAAAUGAUAAAAGAGGAAAUUGGAGUGGGAGAUUUGAUUUUAUAUUGUCAUCGGUAGGAUAUGCAGUGGGGCUUGGUAAUAUUUGGAGAUUUCCAUUCAAAGCGUACGAAAAUGGAGGAGCCUCUUUCCUUAUUCCUUAUGUUAUUAUGUUGAUAUUCGCUGGAUUGCCACUCUUUUUUCUUGAAAUGGCAUUUGGUCAAUACGGUUCUUUGGGACCAAUAUCAGUUUGGGCAGCAAUGCCGUUGUUUAAAGGACUUGGAUAUGCUAUGGUGAUAAUAUCGGCACUUGUUUGUAUUUACUACAAUAUGAUAAUUGCGUACGGUUUUUACUACCUCUUUGCAUCAUUUCGAUCUGACGUACCGUGGUCAGAGUGCAAAGAUGAGUGGAUAACAAAGUACAAUUGUAGUUUGAGAGAUCUUGGAGAAAAUGCGACAAUUAGGAGGGAAGAAAUCAGAGCACAAUGCGACAAUGGUACUUUGCCAAUUGGAUCGAACUAUGGGUUGAUGUGUAAUCCUGUUUCUCCUGCUCAAAUCUAUUGGGAGAGAGAAGUUUUAGACAUAUCCGGAGGCAUUGAUGAUGCAACUUCCGAGUUCAAAUGGUACUUGGUCUUAUGCCUUCUUUUAUCGUGGAUUGUUGUUUUCCUUUGUUUAAUAAAGGGAAUAAAAUCGUCUGGAAAAGUCGUAUAUUUUACAGCUGUUUUCCCAUACAUUGUUAUAAUCAUUCUGUUGAUUCGGGGAUCUCUACUCGAUGGAGCGAAAGAUGGUAUAGAAUAUUACGUUAUACCUAAAUGGGAAAAUCUGAAAGAUUCCAAGCCUUGGCAUGAUGCGGCUACACAAAUAUUCUAUUCUUUGGGCGUCGCCUUUGGUGGUUUGGAAACGAUGGCUAGCUAUAAUAAAUUCAAAAAUAAUGUUUAUAGGGAUGCUAUCUUUGUGGCUAUUCUCAACUGCUUCACGAGUAUAUUGGCUGGAUUUGCUGUCUUUGCUCUGAUUGGUCAUAUGUCUCAUAGAUCGGGAUUGCCUAUAGAAGAUGUAGUAGAUGGAGGCCCUGGUCUAGUAUUUAUAGUCUAUCCUGAGGGAAUAGCAAUGAUGCCUGUAUCCACUUUUUGGUCUAUAUUAUUUUUUAUCAUGUUGCUAACCUUAGGAUUGGACAGUCAAUUUACCAUGAUGGAAACGGUUAUAACUGCAAUAUCCGAUGAAUUUAAAACUUUAAGAAAAUACAAAAUUAUUUUUACCGCAUUCAUAUGCUCUUUAUUCUUUUUAAUCGGUUUGCCACAAUGCUCGAGAGGAGGAAUUUAUGUUAUGCAACUAUUCGAUAAUUAUUCAGCAAGCUAUGCUUUGAUGAUUGUAUCCCUCCUGGAACUAAUUGCUAUUGCAUGGAUAUAUGAUUUUAGAAGAUUUUCCAGAGAUAUUAAAUGUAUGCUUGGCUUUAAACCUGACUAUUAUUGGUUGGCAAUGUGGAUUUUUUGCACACCUGCUUUAAUUUUAUUUAUCUUGGGAUUUUCCAUACGUAAUUAUCAAAAGUUCAAGUAUGGUGGGUACGUAUAUCCGGAUUGGGCUAAUGGUUUGGGAUGGCUAAUGGUUGCUGCAGCUCUUUUUGUUAUACCAUUAUUAGCACUAAUAGAACUAUUUAAAGCCUAUAAAAGCAGUGGCUCUUUUCAAAAGGCUAUAACAAUUGCUGUUUCUUCAACCUCUGAAUGGGGACCCUAUAGAGACGAGUAUAGAGAGGAAAGAGAACUUGUGGAGAGAGACUACAAAGAAAGCUGUUCAACCAAUCCUGCUUUCAAAUUUGAAGACCAAAAGAUAUAG